CCUCUUUCUCCACUGUAGAACCAAUCGUGUCUACGGUUAUGUUCCCUCUCCCCACCACCGUGUAGUACCGAACCGAAAGUAACUUUGGACAGUGCUGGUAGCAAGUGUAACGCGUGGGGUGUAAGUCAGCCGGUCUCUGGAUUAUUAUAACCCACACAAUGUCUGGAUUAACUAAGGAACAAUUAAAAAAUGAACUUAUAUCACACGGAGUCGAUUUACCGUCACCAAGCGCUAGAAAAGAAGAAUACGAGCAACUCUAUCAAAAAUAUGUUGCUCCAGUUGAACAGUCUAAGGGGGAUUUUUCAUCGGAUGAUGAAGAUAUGCCUGUAAACGACGUAGACGCCCAGGCUUCAUCUAACACCAGUUUGGUGAUUAAUGGCUUCGACGUCUGUAAGCUUGAUGAUGAUGAACUCUUUGCUAAACUCAAAUCAUUUGGAGCUGUCGUUGGGCCCAUUGUCGAUACAACUCGCAUGGUGUACCAGAAGAAGUUGUUUGCCCUGAUGGGUGGCAAAGUGGUGGACAGUCCUACAUAUAAUGGAGAUGUUGAUGAAGACGAAUACUCAGACAGCGAAGAAGAACCAGUAGUAGAGGCAAAACCAGUUCAGACUCGCCCUUCUUUUGAAAUGGACUCCACAAAAGUAACGACUACUAUUCCUUCUUCAGAGAUACGUAAACGUAUUCUCAUGUCACCAGGAGGUGAAAGCAACCAGACCGGUCUUAUAUACGACCCUGAAAGACACACCCCUUCUCCUCGUCGAUCUCUCCGCACUGUUACUUCUUCUUCAUCAGAGACUAUCACAGUGCGCAGGUUCAUCAACAAUGGCAGAAGUGGUACUGUUACUGAUCAUGUUGACAGUAAACAAGUGAAAGGCACCUCAAGCAGUACUGGCAACAGCCCCAGCAAAACAUCAAUCUUACUACGCAUUCUUGUUAAAUUAUUCUUCCUCGUUCUCAUCAUUGCAGUUGCUCUGUACUUUUACCAGAAUAACCCCAGUGAGAGUCCAUUCAAAGCUGUAGAGGAACUGGCCCGACAGGCUCUGGAAGCAGCUGUAGGUGAAGAAGCAGUUGAUAGUGAAGUACCAUCUGUGGAAGUCCAUGCAGAACCUGCGGCAGAAGAAGUCUUUCCUACAUCUGCAGAGUAAACCCUUGGUUAUAGACCUGCUACAGUCUUGGUCCCGAUUAGAUUUAUAAUCUGUCCAAAUUAAACCUGCCAUUCCUGCUGUCUGUGUAUUGCAGGAAUAUAUUUACAAAAAAAUUCACUAUAAAACUUGGUCCCACUUUCCUCCACUUUGCUGCUCUUUCCUCUGUAAUUAUGGGACCUUUUUCACCUUGCUACCCUUCUUAUCAUAUGUAACAAUAUUAGCCUGACAUUUAUCAACACAGUGACAAUUGUAAUAUAUAUAUUGGUAAAACAGAUUGUGUGUAUACAGUAUGUGUGUUAGUAAAAUAUUUAAUCAGAACUGCAAUGUUUCAGGUUUCUUAACCAUUUUCUAAUUGACAUGUUUGAUUAAACUAGGCCACAUUCAUAAUGAAUGUAGGAAUGUCAGGAGACCUGGAUAAAUGCUACAUGAUGAUACUGUAUUGUAAGUAAUGAACAUGGAUCAGUAAUAUGAAUCUACUGUACUUGAAAAGCUUUAUUUAAUUAGAUUAGCUAUCGAUUGAUUUCAUGAGGAUUCACUUGAAUUUACAAUUUUUCGGUUACUUGUAAGGUAAUACCUUAUAAUGUUUGGCUCAUUCACAGGGAAUAUCAAUUUGGUAUAAUAAUGACAGAUGUUUAUGAUAAAGACUCUGCAACAAAUAAAUUAGCUUACAGAUGAAUCUCAUUGAAAGUAAAACAUUUUAUCACCAUGCACACCACUACUCUACAGGCUUGGCAGGACAGAGAGGCAUGGUACUUUCUGUAAGAAAGAAAAGUCAAGUCAACAGAUCCUUGAAUUACAAGUUCUACAACACAUAUCACAGACAUUUAAAUUGUCUAGAAUAGACACCAAUUACCCGACUCAUAUUAGAAUUUCUGCUUCAGUAUUUCCCAAACAUGUAUGAACUGUUUGACGAUUUUGUAUUGGUGAUACAUGGGUAUUACUGAGCAUAUUUGUACACUCAAAAAAUUAUCUUUACAAAUCUUGUACAAAACAAAACGACACCACGAACAAAGGUUUUUGGUAAAGGCAUGAGGCAUACCUCGCAUUGGUAGCCCUGAGUGGACUGUUCAUUUCAAAAUUCAUCGGAACCCUCACGAAAGAAACUUUUUUUUACCGGGUGUACAUAUGUAUGUAUAUGUAUUUUCAGGAUCUCGGGGUAUACUCCAGUCUUUUCCCAGUAAUUAACAUGUUUGUUCUAUGAAUUUAAUUCAAACGGUUGAAGGCACCAUUGCAAGGUACUUUUUGUUAAUGUUUUGUGAAUUAUAUACUGAAUAUCUUUUUUGUUAUUGUAUGUUUCACCUAGUCCAGCCCAAAUGUCUUUCUCUCCUCUCAAACACAGAAACAACAUGCUCAAGGUUCUCAAAGUAACACAUUUACACUAUACAGUACAGGUUUCAUCUCAAUGUUGUGGAUAUGCUCUCUCUCUCUCUUGGCUUUCAGAGUGAUAGUGAAUUGUCUUAACCCUUUCAGUUUAAGGUUAAAGUUUAAUGCCUAAGGAAGAGUGGAUUUCUGUUAAAAUGGAUUGUUUUAAUUUCACACUACUGUAGUGUCUUGGUAUCUUUCCUUCAGGUAAGUCCUGAAUUCAGUGGCUGCUGUCAUAGUGCAGCUCUGGGUAUUCCAGGAGUGAAAGAAAAAGUAAUAGAAAAUGAUACAGAUAAGAUUGCAAUUUUGUUCUAUUCCUAGUCUUUUUUUUCUUUUUUUCCCAAUAGUAUUACCAACCAUAUACUGGAAGUUGGAACUGUAAUAUACUUGUUACUUUUGGAGUUGUUUUAUAAAGAAAUCUUAUUUAUGAUGUGAAAUGUUAAGUAAAGUGAGAUGAUUUGUUAAAUAUAAAGACAGAUGCUUUUAUGAUGCUCAAAAGUAAACAUCCAAAAAAUUUUCUACCUUACAAAGCAAGGAUUGAACUAACCGGUAAUGUAGUACUGUACUGUACAAAGUAUUUUCCAGCAGGACUCGUGUAAUGUGAACUAAAAGUAAAGGUUAUAUAGCAGUACUUGAGGUUAGUUUCAAUGCAUAAUGGGCUUUGAUAUUAUACUGUAGUGUAUUUGUAAAUAUGUUCAGUGUUGGCCAGAGGUAACUGACUGCAACACAUGAUGGUGACCAGUAGUUUAAAAAAAUACUGACCAGUGGUAAAGUUUCCACACAGGUAAUGAAAUGUGAUAAAUAAUGGAACUGCCAGUUUUUAUGUUCUGUUUUAUGUAAAUUAUGAGGUUAUUCAUAUCCUGUAACACCUAUGUAUGGAGAAUCCUUUUCUGAUAGUAUUUAUGAUAUACUUUAUAGAUGUGCUCUUGAGUUUUGCAUCAUAAGGAUAUAGUGUAUGAAAAAUCAGUUAUAUUAGGAAAAAGAAUUCAGGAAAUUGGUACAGUAUUUUAGUAAUACAGAAUAUUAAAUCUUCCAACUGCUCAAAUAUCUGUUUUUUUUGUUUUUUUUUAAUAUAUAUAUACUGUACUACAGAUUUACUGUAUUAUAUGUAAAUUGAGUUGAUAUUCUUACUUUUCCCUCAUAUGUAAAUUGUAGUAAAAAAAAAUAUCACUUUAUGGAUUCAUGUUUCUAGUGAAAGUAAAUUUAUAUUGAUAUAUUUCUUUCAAGUAAAAAUUUCACCAUUUGUAUUAAAAAAAAGAAAAAAAAAGAAAGAACCUUGAGGAAUGUGGUCGAGUUAUAUUUUACAUUAAAUAGCACAUAGAAAUGUCUGUACAGUAUUUUUGUACACUUAAAGCACAUUGUUAUACAUAUAAAAGAUGUGGGAAUUUCCCUACCAGAGCUAUUUCCCUAUAGGGACAUAUUAUCCCCAAAUUGGCAUACGUACAGUAUUUAUUUCACACUUGCUGGAAAGUGAUGCUUUUCCUGAUUUUGUGAGAACAUGAAUAAAACAAACUGUUUGAACAAUCAUUACACUUUUGUAAAAACAGUAUAUGACAGUUAAUAAAAAAUUGACUUAACAAACAUGAUUUCUGGUCAGUGCUAUUCUUAUAAUCCUGCUUUUGUGUUGUUAAACUCCUGGGUCCUCACUUGACGGUGACUCCAUUCACUUGAUAACUUUUUACCAUAAAAGCCAGACAAAAAUGCAGCUACAGUACAACUGUACAUAACUUAAUAUGUUUUGUACUAUCUGUAGUUCAAUUUAUUCUCUCUCUAAUGCUGAUACAGUAAUGGCAUGAUUUUCCUGCCCAUACAGUUACAAAUUCUGCUCUUGUCUAUACUGUAGUUAUUUUGUACUUGCCAAUGGGGGCAUUAAAUAGCUUGGAGCUGUGAACAAAUGCUUGGCUGAAGGAGACAAAUCAUUGUUGCAGCUCAGUCAAUGGGAGGGAAAGAUAUAUUGUACAGAGACUCUCUGAAACACUUCAUACCAAUGGAGUGAAUAUUAUUGCUUAAAGAAAGGAUUUCAAUUAUUGUACUGCCCGUAUUGCAGGAAAGUCUUGUACAAUAAGUAUCGUGCAAACUGUUAACACAACUGAAAGUUUUAAUGAUGUGGGAACAUGAAUUAUUCAUUUGUAUUUAAUGCUAAUUUGGUGAAAUAGGUACCUGCUUAGUACUGGUUUCUCUUACAAGUAUUUGCUCCUAAAAUCUGAGAAUAGUUGGACUUAUUCUGCUUGAUGGGCAGUCUGAGGUCCUUUGUGAGUGAUACUGUUUGAAUUCCAGCAUCUUUUCUAUAAAUCAGAUUAUUGAAGAGGUUUCUGUUUAUCAUUUCAAAAGUAUCAACAUUACAGUAUCUGUGAAACGAAGCAUUUACGUAUGUUUAAUUUUUUGCCUUAAUGUAAACCUGCUGUUUCUUGUAACACACCAGAAGGUUUAUAUUAAUAAUAUUAAGAACAUUUUGCUUUUGUUUAAAUCUUGAACAGGACUUGAUUAGCUGUUCAGGAUAUCGAAAGUAGAGGAAAUAUAUUUUAAUAAUUGCAUACGAAUCUUAUAGUCCUGAAAGUUGCAGUGAUUUAAAGUUUUCUUUUGUAACCAUAAUACUGUAGUUAUUAAAAGAGACAUAUGAGGUUAGUUCGUUGGGUUAGAUUUAGUGACGUGACCUUGAGACAAAUAGUGAUACUAUGUUGCAAUAUUAUAUGGAUCUGUGGAGUUGAUUAUUAUAUACUUCAUAUGACUAACAUUUAAAGUUAUAAGAUGAGCAUUGUAUCUCGACAUUUAUUUCUGAAAGUUCAAAAGUUUUUAUUAUUUAUUAGGGUCUUAGUACAGUACUGUACUUUAUAGUAACUUAGUAACAAUAGAUGGAGGAUAGUCUUGGAACUAUCUUUUUGUAGGACAAUAAAUGACUGACAAUAUCUACUUUGUAUGGCUUAUUACUUGGUUAGUGAUUAUGUGAAUAUGAAGGGAAUUUAAAUGACGCUAGAUUAGUCAUUCUUGAAUAAAGAUUAUACAGUAAUGGCAAAAUUGGUCCAAAAAAGUUGUACAUAUCAUCCCUGGACAUAUUGAUACAAGUUGAACCAUAUAAAGUAACAGUCAGUAUAUGAAUAUUUUAUACAUUUUAAUACGUAUAGAUAAAUGCAGGCAAUAAAGCAUUGAUUGAACCAU